GUCCUUACAAUGCUAUUCGUUAAAAAUUGCUAAUGUCACAUUUAAACUAUUGUUUCUCUUUCUGUUACGUGUAUUUUCCCGCAUUAUGCAUCUCUUACGCACUUGUUGUCGUGUUGAGUUCGUUUAAUAAUAGUAAAGUAAGGUUAUAUUACAAAAUUCUCCAAAUUACAAGAAUGCUUGCGCUAUCUUAUUAUUUAUAGAAUAACUAUUAUAUUUAGUUAAAAUAUUUAUGCCCAUGAAAUACUCAUAAUUUGAAAUGAUAUAAAAAAAGAAAUUAACAAACAUGUCGAGUAAAUAUCAGCAAGGAUCCAACGUAACUGCUCAAAACCAGUUGAUACAAUGGAUGAACGAGGCUGGGAUGGCAGAGGGGAACAAGAAAGCGAACCUCUUGAGGAAAAUCAUAGAGGUUUUAUUACACCAAACUCCACAAAUGGUGCCUGUUUAUAUGGAAAAUAUUUUAAGCUUAGUUAGUGAUAAAUCGACUGAGGUUAAAAAACAGGUUGUUACUUUUAUUGAAGAACUAAGCAAGGCAUUCCCACAUCUAUUACCUAAGAUAAUAGGCCAGUUACAGUUGCUAGUAAUAGAUCAUGUAGUAGCUGUGCAGAAAAGAGCAAUCCAGGCAGCGAGUAUUGUGUACCGGAAUGUUUUAUUAUGGAUCUGUAAGGGAAAUGCAGAAGUCUCCGAGAUGCAAUAUGUGUGGGAACAUCUUACUGAACUAAAGUUACUUAUUCUGAACAUGAUAGACAGUGACAAUGAAGGUAUCAGGACUCACUCUAUCAAGUUUCUUGAAGAGGUGGUUCUCCUACAAAGUUCAAACCCUAGUGAUGAUUCAGAUAAUGGAUUUAGUCUAGAAAAUCUACCUACACACUUACCCUUCUUGAAACGAAACUCAAUGGAGGAAGAAUCUGAACAUAUCUUCCAACUGUUACUUAAGUUUCACAACUCGCAACACAUUUCAAGCGUUAAUCUUAUGGCUUGUAUGACAACUCUAUGCUUAGUUGCAAAAUUGAGACCAAAGUAUUUACCAAAUGUAGUCCAAGCUUUAGGCGACCUGCACACGACAUUACCGCCAACGUUAUCACAAUCACAAGUCAAUUCAGUUCGUAAACAUUUGAAAAUGCAACUAUUAGUCUUGGUCAAACAUCCAUCUUCAAACGAGAUGAUGCCCCAGUUGACGCAGCUACUAUCCGACAUUGGUAUGACUCCUCAGGAAAUACAUAAAGCGAUACCGAAAGAAAGAAGGAAUAAGCGUUUGGGAGAAAUUAAAAAUGGAGAUACACCAGCUAAACGGUUCAGAGUUGACUCUCCACAAAGCGCUGCCGGCAGCGACAGUAACAGUAGGAGUGAAUUUAAUAUUUUUGAUGAUGACAGUAGUCAGUCAAGUGUAACUAAAGCAACAGCCAGCGAAGAAUCCAUAUUCGAAGGACUCAAUAGCGUAGAAAAUGUCGUCAAUCUCGUUACGUCGACCUUGCGUAAUAAUCUACCCAACAGUAUCCCAAGUCAUUUCAUGUCUUUAUACAAACCAAUACCAAAUUCUGGUACUAAUACCCAGAAGCGUGGCUUAGCAAAAAUGUUACUGGCUCUAAUAAAGGACGAACCACUUGUUCCUCCGGAAGUUACCACUUCUACUUCUAUACUAUCGGAUUUCGGUGCUAAAAUUCCACUACUACGAGAAGAUGAUGAGAAAACUACUCUGAAAAAUGCAGUAGCGAAACUCCAAGAGACAUCCAAAGCGGACAAACAAAUAGAAAAUGCUGUGUCGAAACUGAUGAAGGAAACUAGACAAGAACAUUUGAAGGAGGAGGAAAGAAAAGCUAAGGAAAAGGAAAAACUAAUUCCACCACCUACACCGACGGUGCCAAAACUCAAGCAAAAAGUUAAGUUAUUAAAACUGCAAGAAAUAACACGACCAAUACCUAAGGAAAUAAAGGAAAAGUUAAUGAUACAAGCUGUUGAUAGAAUUUUGAAAGCGGAAAAAGAGGCAGCCAUAGGUGGAGCGGCUCAAACACGCUCAAAAUUCAUAACUAUAUUUGCUUCGAGUUACACACCUGACCUUAGAGAGUUAGUGCUAAAUUAUAUUCUAGAAGAUCCUAUGAAUAGAAUGGACUUAGCUUUGUCAUGGUUAUAUGAAGAGUAUGCCUUCAUGCAAGGCUUUAACAGACACCCGUCGACCUUACAACCGAAACUUCACGAAAAGCAUGACGAAAAUUACAAUCAAUUACUUUGUGCUUUAAUAACUCAAAUAUCAGAACGAGAAGAGCCAGUAAUAGAAUCAAAUAAAGAUGUACUUUUACGAAAAAUUUAUAUGGAAGCUCCAGUAGUAACAGAUGAAGCGAUUGAUUACUUAAAGCACUUAAUAACGGAAGAUAAGUCAAGUUUAGCAAUGGAGUUGUUAGAGGAAUUGAGUAUAAUGAGGCCUCCGAGAUCACACAAGUAUGUUGCUGCAUUGGUAUGUAAUGUGUUAAGUGAAAACGAAGAAAUCCGCGAUUUAACUCUUAAAGCCUGCGUAAAAAUCUACAAACAGGGUACAGAGGCAGCUAAGAAGGUUAUUGAGAAACACGCUCUCUUGUACCUCGGCUUUAUAUCUCUAUCUACACCUCCACAAGAGUUGUUCGGAAACAGAUACAUGAACAGGCCUUGGUCAGACGACCUUUACAAGAUAUGCUUAAAUCUGGUGAUGGCACUGUUUCCGGAAAAAGAAGAGCUGAUAAUGGAGAUGGGGCGCGUGUACGGGGCCGCGGGCGCGGAGGCGAAGCGCUGCGUGCUGCGCGCGCUGGAGGCGCCGCUGCGCGCCGCGCCCGGCGCCGCGCCGCUGCGGCCCGCGCUGGCCGCGCUGCUGGCCGACUGCCCGCGCGGCGCCGAGACGCUGCUCACGCGCCUCGUGCACAUCCUCACCGACAGAGCUCCUCCUAGUGCUGAACUAGUGUCGCGUGUACGUGAACUAUAUGCUACACGUGUAUCCGACGUACGGUUCCUUAUCCCCGUACUAAAUGGACUGUCUAAAAAAGAGAUCUUAGCCGCUUUACCGAAACUGAUAAAAUUGAACCCAGCUGUAGUGAAAGAAGUAUUUAACAAACUCCUAGGAUUACAAAAUCCUAACAAUGAACAAUUGCCAGUAUCCCCGGAAGAUCUCUUGGUUGCUCUGCACUUAAUAGAUCCUAACAAGGCUGAACUCAAGUAUAUCAUCAAAGCAACUGCACUCUGUUUUGCUGAGAAGAACACGUUUACACAAAGUGUACUGUCAGCAGUGCUACAACGGUUGGCGGAAGAAACUGAAAUUCCAGUCCUGAUGAUGAGAACAGUACUCCAAGCUCUCACACUCUAUCCGGGUCUAGGACCUCUGGCGAUUAAUAUAUUACAAGUGCUUAUAGAACGAGAGGUGUGGACGAACAAGGUGGCGUGGGAGGGCUGGCUGAAGUGCGCGGAGCGGCUGGGCGCGCCCGCCGCGCCCGCGCUGGCCGCGCUGCCGCCGCGCGCGCGCGCGCUGCUGCCGCCGCACGUGGCCGCGCUGGGCCCGCAGGAAGUUCCAUACGCACCAAAUCCCGUCGAACCUUUACCGCCCGGUAUGGAAUAAAUGUAUAGUACUUUAUGCCUGGUUCCAAUAUAUGUAUAAAAAAAACCAUGUUUAUUCACAAAUCGUUCAAUUUCAAACAUGUCAUUUUCAAAAUUAAACUGGAUAACGAAUAUUUU